UGUUCUCCUUUGGUGGUUUUGGCUGUUUUUUGGUUUUCUGGAACAUUUUUAGCAUGUUUUACUACCCGGCUGUUUUAAACCGUCAAUCAGGAUGUUUCGCUACGAUCUGGCUGGUUGCCACAAAAGGCAUCAAAGUUACACGCAAGGAUUUCCUGAAAGUCAAUGUGAAAAUGACUUGCGAUGACAUCAUGAGCUACGUGCUGGAGCGGGUCGCCCCACCUCAACCAGGUCUUCCACGACCCCGCUUCUCCCUCUACCUCUCCUCACAGCUGCAGUACGGCGUGGUCUUGGUCUACCACCGGCAGUGUACCAUCCUUCUGGAAGAACUUCAGUUCAUUGUGGGCCAGCUAUUGAAACAAAGGAGCUUGCAGAAAAUUGAUUUGGACGACCACAGCAGGCAAACUGGAGUCCUGCCUGAUGCACUGUCUCUGAUGGAGGACACCGAAGGAGCUCCUGAUCCUUUAUUUGGAGUAAUGCUCCUUAAGGACAUGGUCCCCAGCCCCAGUUUGCUGAUAGAGAUGAGUCGUGAAUAUCUGAGAGAAGCCUCCCCUGAGUGUCAUGAACUGACCAGCCCAGCUGCUUCUGUUGCUCCAGAGCUGGGACCUGGCAUUACUGCAUCUCCAGAAACCAUCACUCUGAAAGAGACGGAGUCUGUUGCCAUCCCUGCUGCAGAGUUUGAGGAUGAGGACUUUACUGAUCACCUACCACAAACUAUUGAUUUCCUCUUGGAGCAAGCCGAUCACUUUCCAGAAGGAGGUUGGGAGUUACCACCAGAAGAGAUGAGAGGGUCGGAGAGGGAAGAAAGAGAGCAGGAGAAGAUCAAGGAUAUGACAGGAUCCACCACGGAACUGCAGCCAACCACCGUCUCCAGUGAGGGUCCUGAGCUGCUGCCUCAGGAAGAGCAGGCUCCAGCUGUGGAAAUACCCUCACCUCCCAGAGACCAGCUCACCCCGGUCUCUGCGCCCAGCCUCCCCUCACCGCCUUCUGCAACGAGGGGACGACUCGGGAGCCCAGAGUCAGAGGAGGUCCAACCAGAGGUGAAAAGACGGAGGAGGAGGCAGCUGGCCUUCUUUGAUCCAGAGACACAGCUCUCUGAGAAGGACCAGCAGCAGCAGAUUGAAAACCCUCUAACCGAGACCAGACCCCCGCCCCUUUUCCUGCCUCCCUCUCAUAGGAUCGUACCUGCCGCCGAGCUCCUCAGCAAUCCCUGCAGCUUCUUGCCCGAAGAGAUUCAGUGUCUGUGGAGACGGACUGCAGCCAUAAUGCCGCUGUUGGGGUCUGACCUCCAGGUGGGGGAGAGAGGGCCCGAGUCCACCGACUCAGAGAGGGAGAGAGAGUGGGAGAUGAUGGAGGUGGCGGAAAGAGAGGAGCAGAGACUCAAGGAGAUUCCCACAGAGGUCCAGAGAGAAAUGGUGGAAUCUGAGAUGCUGGAACUUUCAGCUGAUGAUUCACUGCCUCUGGAGGCGUCUGACCAAAAGGAGGUUUCUCGAGAGAUUUCUCCUCUGUACACAUCCGAGAGAGAAGGGUCCACAUUUUCCACUGUGUUGCAGGACAUCCCAGAGAUGGUGGACGAGAUGAUGGAGAGGGUAGCAGCAGAAUCCCCUCGGUUGUUGCCAGAGCUGAUGGAGCGGGAGGAGUCCGUGGUUUUUCAGUCACUUUUACCACCUGAGGUCAACCGUAGAACUGUCAGCAGCAUUUUUCACAGGCUGCUGGAGAAUUUAUCCUACAGGAGGAUUUGUGCUGAGCAGGAAGAGCCUUAUGGAGACAUCAUGAUCUCCCCUGGAGUCAACUAUGAGGAGAUGAAUCUGCCUUUGUAAUCUGCUCACAGUUGGAACUCUGACCAUUUCUGAGUUCACUUUUCUACCCAAUCAUUCUGUAUUCAUCAAUAUCAAUUUUAAAAGUUGCAUGAUUUCCAAUGUAUCACUUUAUAAUGUAUUAUUUUAAUGGCUCUUUGUGUUUUAAAAGCUUUUUUCAUAUAUUUUGUUAUUUAGCAAAGGAAGAUUUGCAUCAGUUUUGCUUGUUUCAGAUGGUCAUCGCAGGUUUUAUUAACUUUAUGGGAUGUAAAAUGAAUACUACAUUUGAAUGUAUUGUUACAGUGCUAAUAUUUGUAAUCAAUUGGACCCAUGUAGUUCCAAUAAAACCCGUGUUCUGUGUUCUUUUGAAAAUAAAACCUUUUCUGUUA